GCUGCCGGAAGCUGCUGUCAGUUUUGUAACAACAAUUUGUUUUUAAGAAUUAAACCCCGCAUGUGAUGUCGGCGGGUUUCUGCUGCUCAUCAUGGAGCCAGAGGGACUGGAGGCUCCGCAGCAGAGCCCCAGGCCGGAGCUCUCUGCCGCCAUGCGGGCGAAAAUCGAGAGGAACCGGCAGCGGGCGUUGAUGCUCCGCCAAGCCCGGCUGGCGAGCCGCCCGCUGUCCGCCGUGGACGGAGCGACUUCGGCUAAAGUUUCCAAGACCGUGGACUCCGGGGGCGGCUUCUUCAUCGAGGAGGAGGAGGAUGGAGAGACGGAGAAGAAAGCCAGGACGGUGGUGCAGCAGCCGGCUCCCGUGAUCGAGCCGGACUACCUGCUGUGUGAUGACUGUCACAAACCUUUCAUGGACUCCUAUCUCAGCAACAGCUUCGACCUGUGUGUGUGUGACAGCUGCAGGGACAAUGAUGUGAAGCACAAGCUGAUUUCCAGGACGGAGGCCAAGCAGCGUUUCCUCCUGAAGGACUGUGACCUGGACCAGAGAGAGCCCCCCCUCAGGUUCAUCCUGAAGAAAAACCCCCACAACCCGCGCUGGGGGGACAUGAAGCUCUACCUCCUGCUCCAGGUGGAGAAGAGAUGUAUGGAGGUGUGGGGCUCAGAGGAGGCUCUGGAGGAAGCCAGAGAGACGAGAGAGGAGAACAGAGAGGUGCAGAAACAAAAGCGCUUCAACAAGAAAGUCAAAGAGCUGCGCAGAGCGGUGAGGAGCAGCAUGUGGACCAAAAACACCUCUGUUCACCAGCAUGAGUACGGACCAGAGGAGGUGGUGGACCCAGAGGAGGACCUCUACAAGAAGACCUGCACCAGCUGCGGACAUGAACUCACCUACGAGAAGAUGUAGAAACACACAGACUGCUUAUUACAGACUCAUUCGACUGGGGAAAAAAGGGAACCAAGACUCUUUGCUGUUUUUCUACUCUCGCAUUUUUCCUGUUUGCUAAAAAUAAAAUGCACUCGUGACCUCCCACAUGAGGUCAACCGAUUCUUCCUUGUAACUCCAACUCGUAGUUUCUAUAUAUACCUGCGGUUUACAUGCUGACUCAGCAGUGCUGUAAUUAACUAUAGCAGGAACAUUUCUGCCUUUCCAGUCCAGCUCCUGUGUUGACACAUCCUUUCAGGGAGUUUCUCUCAGGAUUGAGCAAUUAAGAAAGACACAAGACUGAAAGUUAAAUCGUGUAUUGCAUUAAAA